AGUAUCUAGCGGAACACAGUACGGGCAAGACCGACGGGGGAGUGAAUUAGAAAUAAGAGUCAACGCAAAAGAACGAAAACAUACUUCGGACAACUGCCCCAUCAUCAUGUCUUCUUUACUUGCCAAGCCCUUCGCACUCCGCCCUGCCAUGGUGAGUGCCUGGAAGGUAUCAACUGCAAAAAUGUCUGGCUCUGGAAAAGUGUAGACUUGUCAUGCAGAUUUUCCAUGACCCAUGAGGUCUGGAAUGCGGGGCUUAGCAUGACAGACUUUGCGAGGUCUCCGCCAUGCCUGUCCUGCAUGAGAAACUCCCUUCCAACUUGGUGAAAAGUGGACAGCUUUUGGCACUCAUGCAACACAGAUUUUUGCAUGCUUCAGAUUUAUUAUGACAAGUUGCAAUCUUCCAGACCCAGACACUUUUGCAAUCCAUAGAAGGAGGCACUGCAGAACGGCACCGACUCGGCGCCGGUGGUUUUGAUUGCGAAGUCGUCGGGUGAAGAUUCCCUCUGGUUGCAUAUCCUGUGUAAAAACGUCCCCACCCCAUAGUCAAGUUGGUAAGUCUGCAACACAAAUCUCCAAGUUUUGGGAGUUUUGCAUGACAAGUUUCCAUCUGUAGCGUCGUGCUGUUUAGCAAGGGCAGCCGCAUGAGAAAGCCAGCCAUUCAUCCUGUUUACAGCAUUACAAAGUCCAAAACACGACUGGAAACCCCUCUCAUGCAGAUCCGCAUUGCAAAUGUUCCUGUCAUUGCACAUUUGCAUGACAACUCUGGGGAGGUGGGGACGUUUUUACACAGGAUAUUGCAAUCCGCGGUGGAGUAUCUGAUCGCCCACCUAGCGACGGUUUUUCAAGUGGCGGAAAGAGGGGUGUAUUUGCUCGUGGAUAACGACCUGCUACCGCCCACCAGUAGCGCGAAUAAGAGCUGCAACAGCUGGAAGACUGUCGUGAGGGAGAAGCUACUCGCUGGAGCUGCUUCGGGUACUUCAUCUUCAGGUCGCAAGGAUCACCAUCAGUCCUUUUUCCGGAAAACAAAACUCGUCCGGCGUCGCGUACGGCCGAACUGCACAACCGUAGACGGGGUCGUGCACGUUUACGUCGCGGUUUGUCAACAUCAUGCGGGGGAACAAGAAGGAGAAGGAGGAAACCGACCCCCAGAAGAUGAUGAAAUAAACUCGUCCUUCAAACUGCCUCCCCCUGUCGCGAAGUUUCUCGCCCGCCCGACGCAGAAAAUGGUCUUUGCGGAACCGAUCAUCAGCAGCGCGUUACGUCGUGUUUUGAACAAGGACAGCAUGAGCUGGGAAGCUGUGCCGAGACAUAGCACUUCGAAUAAUUCCUCUUCGGGAUUCACCAAGCGGAACGUCCUGUCCGCAGAGGAGGAAGUGCAGUUUGCGAAAAAAGCGAUGCAGAUGGGCUUCGUGCACGCGGAUUCGCUGCCGAGCUCCGUGCUUCUUGCGCCGGCGGGGGAGAAAGAUCAAUCAGGAAAAAUAAAAGCGGCCCCACCAAGGAGUAGCUCUGGGACCACUGCGCCAGUUCAUCAUCUUGCAAAUGGGUUAUUAACAGCAACGACUCCACCGACCGGCUCAUCCCUCCACGCACCAUCUCGGCGGGAGAGGAUGGACAAGUUGCGGCAGGUCGCAAUGGACUUGAAACAGCGGAUUGAGCACCGACACCGACUGCACGAAGAGCGGUUCUUGUUGCGCAAUGCUGGCGGUGAUAGUAAGACAAACGGAGGUUUAGUGGAUUUUUGUGGUCAAGUAGAGCACUGCAGUACAACAAAUUUUGCAGCAAGUAGCGGACUAGUACGAGGACCAUCUGCUGCGCAAGAACAAGCGGAACAACAACAACUUGCAGGACCUGGUACAGUAGUUCCUUCCCACCUCGCAGACAUAGUGCAACAGAAGAUUGAGGCGAUGCGGCAGCGGGUGUCGGUUUCGGACAUCAUGGACGAGCACAAUAAAGUUGUGGAAGAAGAACAGCGAAAGCUUCUUCUGCAGGCCGCUACCGAUCAAGACCAGAACAAAAGCGGCACAGCGACGAAAAUCUCCACCCGAAAAACAGCAAACGCAGCAAGGAAGAUGACCGAAUUGAGAUCCAAUUCGAAGCCGAAACGGUUCGGAAAGCGGCAGGAGGACGAAAACAUGGGGAAGGAGAAGAAUCACUACACAAAGAAUCAUUUUUUCGAGCACGAUCCCGCGAAGAUCGCUGAAACCGCAGUAAAUCUCGAAGAACUACCUCCUGCUGCCGCAGACUGUGAUUUCAACGAGACCUCCAGCGAGAUGAACAUCAAGAACCACAACGACUCCAACUUCGUGUGGAUGGCCCCAGAUUCGGACGUGGAGAUCGGCAGUCCGGAGUUGCAGGGGAAUAAGCGGCAGGCCGCAAUAAAUGUGAAUGAAGACAACAAUAAUUACACGUGGAUGACGGGCGACAGCAGCGUGUCGGAUGAAAACGAAGAGGGACGAACGUUAUCUUCUCGAUCGGACCACGACCGUUCCGUGGACUCAGAAGUUCCAGGAGAAGGACAAGCGGAGGAGAACGGGUUCGGGCUCGACAGUCAGCCCGACCCUCGUGUGGUCAACAACACUCCCGCUUACGACGAGCACGACAUCGACGCCGCGCUGCAAGAGGAGCAACAAUUCCUCGCGACGAUUGAGGAGGAGACAAGGAAUAUUCAUGCAGACAUCCGCUUCGAGCUGGAGAAGGGCAAACCUGCGACCUUUGGGCUGCUGUUCUCGGCGGGGAGAACUACUUCACCUGGCGGUCCUGGGGGUGGAAUUAUGCGGGGGAACUUCAGGGAGAGUGUCGGUUUGGAAAAUAAGUACGGAGGAAAGAAUUUUUACAGUUCGAACUUAUUUCAUCAAGAGAACAUCAAUAUCCGGGCACAGUUUCUAGUGCAGGAUCGCAUGCAACAUGGUCGUGCUGGUGAGAUUUUCUAGCUUGUGUGGAGAAUGAUCAUGAUGUCGUCUCAGGUACUAAAUUUUGCCUGGAACUGACAAGUUUCGUGAACGAU